AACGCCCGCUCACCACAGCGAGAAUCUGCCGCUGAAAGUUAUGUCGUAGGCUAGCUAGGAGUUUAUGGAAAAGAAAAAAAAAUAAAAUAAAAAUUUAACUGUGGUUAAUAUAUAAUAUUAUUAACUAUCCACACCUUCACACAGGUCCAUUAAUUUUCAUAAUUCUAUCGAUAAUUUUAUUCAGGCCUUGUUUUCUAACGUGUCUCCUUAACCUUACUGUUGUUUUUUAUCUUUAAUAUGACGUUAGCUAGCCACUGUGCUAACCAGAGAGCUGAUUCAGUGACGGUUGCUAAAGCUGAUAAGUGCUCGCGCUAAAACGACAGUUGCUAGAUUGUCAAGGCUGUUCUUUUGUUUUGUUGGGGUUUCCUCCCCUCCCUCCUUCCCCCGUUUUUUCCCCUUCCGGUAUCGCUUUGAGGGUGAUUUUUUGGCGAGUCUACGGGGACUGGUCAGUUUUUAUUUAUUUAUUAUUGUUGUUAUUAUUAUUAUUAUUUUUAAAAACCCCUCCUCCUUUUCGUCGAGUUGAGCUUGUUGGUGGUGAAUUGUGAAUUAUUCAUGAGCGCGAGGUGAAUGUGACGCUCGGAGGCGGGGUUUCCUGCGCAGGGAGGCGGAGUCACGCACGACUGGAAAAUAAAGAUCCUUCGACGUGCUCUAACAACACAGCACUGAUUAGAACAUGAUAGAAAUGUCUGUUGAUAAAGAGACUGUUUUACUGUGCGAGCAGCCAGAGUACGCGUCUUUACCACAACGGCAGCUAGAACUUUCCGGAAAUGGUGCUGAAAAUCCUCAGCAGUCUGCUGAAACGGCAAAAUUUGCGAAGGAAGAUGGCGCUUGUAACCUUGCUGAGGAGAACAGAAACAAAACGGCAAUCCGCGACAACGUGGUCCGCGCAUCAGACUCCACGACGCAAAACCAAGAUGGCGUCCAGAAUCCUAAACCCCAUCAGCAGAGACCAAACAAACGUCGGUGUACGAUCAGCAGCGGAUUUAAGCAUCCCAUGUUUGGGAAACGUCGCCGCCGUGCCAACUCGGAGAGCGAAUCCGUCCUGCCCACCAACUUCCUGCUGGGUGGGAACAUUUUCGACCCACUCAACCUCAACAGCUUAUUGGAUGAGGAGGUGAACCGGGCUUUAAACGCGGAGACGCCCAAAUCUUCUCCGCUGCCGUCUAAAAGCCGGGAUCCGGUCGAGAUCCUGAUUCCGAGGGACAUCACGGACCCGCUGAACCUGAAUGGCUGCACCAGAGGGGACGCGGGCAUCGUGCUGACGCCUUUUAAGAGCGGCGGAGGACGGAGGAGACACCGGAACCGGCAUCAUGGAGGAAUAACGGCGAGAGGAGGUGUGGGAAGAGGAAGAGAAAGCAUGGUAGGAGGAACAGGAAGUGUAGUUGGUGUAGGAGGAGGCGAAGGGGUGGAGGCCAUGGAGCUCAACCAAUCAGUAGGGUGCAUAGCGUCAGAAUCAUCAGCGUGCACGUUAGCAUCCUCGGGGAUUAAUCUUCAGGACAGCACAGACUCUGAAGCUGUUAUGAAAGAAGAUGCAACGGAGUUGAACUGUCCGGCAAAACAGGAAGUACACGAGGAAAAAGAUGACACGCAGGCACCUGUGACGCACACGUCACACCGGCAACGCAAACGGAAGCGCAGCAGCAGCAGAUCGGAGAACACUGGCGGCCUGUGUUGGGAUAAGAACCGAACAACAGGUCCAGAAUUGGCACAACAGCAUCCUCCCAACCAGUGGGGGCAGCAGAGGAGCAACCACAAACAGAACACGAGAAACGGCAACCAGCAAAAACCAAACCAGCAGCAGCAGAAGAAGUUUCAGUACGGGAACUACAAUCAGUACUAUGGUUACAGGAACCCAGGCGCGAUCGAGGACGCUCGGAUCCACGUCUUUAAACCUGAAUGGUUCCGAGGGAAGGAAGUCCUGGAUUUAGGCUGCAACACUGGUCACAUGACUCUUACUAUCGCUAAAAAUUGCUGUCCGGCACGCAUCGUGGGUUUGGACAUAGACGGCGCGCUGAUCCACGCGGCGAAACAAAACAUCCGGCAUUAUCUCUCGGAAGUGCACACGCUGCAGGCGAGGAAAGAGCGGAACGAGGUCGAGACGUCGAAGAAGAGAGGAGAAGAUGGAGAGGAAAAGGAUAAAGAUGCACAACCUGAAAAUGUUGGAGAAAAAGAUGGAUCAGUGGAGGACGGAGAAAACAAGACGGACCGGAUCAGAGAAUCCGAAUCGUCCAACGGGAACCGCUUAUUUCCUGUUUCUCUCUGCGUCUCCCGUGGACCGAUCGCUGCUCCUCCUCUCCCCGACAUGCCCACACUUCCUCCUGGGAAUUUUCCCUCCAACGUCACAUUCGUAAGGGGAAACUACGUGUUGGACAGUGACGUGUUGUUGGAGACUCAGCGUGAGGAGUUUGACGUGAUUCUGUGUCUGAGUGUCACUAAGUGGAUUCACCUGAACUGGGGCGACGUGGGGCUCAGACGCUUCUUCCACCGAGUGUAUCGUCACCUCCGCCCCGGCGGCCUCUUCAUCCUCGAACCCCAGCCCUGGAACUCCUACAGCAAGAGGAAGAAGCUGACGGAGGCCAUCUAUAAAAACUAUUUCAGCAUCCAGCUGAAGCCGGAGCAGUUCUCCUCCUUCCUGACCAGCGAGGUGGGGUUCUCCAGCUACGAGCUCCUCGGAACUCCCAACAGUUCAUCACGAGGCUUUCAGAGACCGAUCUAUCUGUUUCACAAAGGCCCUGCUCCUCAAGAGUGAGUGUGUGUGUGUGUGUGUGUGUGUGUGUGUGUGUGUGUGAGAGAGAGUGCGCGUGUGUGUGUGUGUGUGUGUGUGUGUGUGUGUGUGUGUGUUUUAAAUUGGGAUCAAGACGGCGUGCGAGCUCCAGGGAAUUUUCCACGCUGCUGGAGGAAGUCACUCUGAAACGCUUUCAUCACUUCCUCCUGAGCGUCAGACAGAAACACGGACUGAGACGAAACAAAGCGAGACUGAAGCGUGUGACUUUGUUCUUCUGUGAUUGCGGGGGGAAAAAAAGUCAGUUUGGUGUGUGAGAGAACUUUAAACUGGUUUGAGAUUAAACUUUUUUUUUUUUUUUUUUUUUUUUUUUUUUUUUUUAAAUAAAGUGGAUGUUUUGCCUGUAAGAAGGUGUUCAGGUCUGUGCUGAUGAUCGGUUACACGUUGUAUCACGAUACACUUCCAGCUGCACUCGAUCAGUUCUAGUCAAAAAUUCUCAGAGGGGGUUAUUAGAUUAUAAAUCUGUUCACCGGAAUCUUACCGUGUUCUCGUCAUAAAUCCUGACGAGAGGUUAUGGUGAUACGACGUGUUUAUCAGCGCACGCCUCGUUUAUACGUUUAUCCACUUCACUUUGUUUACUACUCUUCCUUCUGUGAAUUACCCCCCCCCCCACACACACACACACACACAUCCUAUGAUGUUAAACAGUGGAGUGUGAGUUGGGAUCAGACCUGUGUGCACUCACAUUUGCCCCCCCCCCCCCCCCCCCCCCCCCCCUUCUUUUCUGUAUAAAGUCUUUGGCUACAUCUUAAAUAAACCCUCCUCCUGGAACCUGGUGCUUUACGUCCCUUCAGAGACUCGGAGCCUAAAACGGAUCCGUACUUUCACGAUCAUCACCGUUAACGCUUCGUUGCGCGCGUCACCGCCCGCUUGUUAGCCGUUCCUCAGGUCUGAUCUCAAGUCAGCGGCAUCCAUUCAGCACAAUUUAAUCUAAUUAUUAAAAACGUUAAAAAAAUCCAUCACCAUACCAACGAUAUCUCAGAAAAGUGCAUCAUGUAGUCAUUUAUCACAAUCUCGAUAUUAUAUCGCCCAGCCCUACUGGCAGGUUAAGGUAGCUACAUGAUGGAGGUCACAUGGUCGUGUUCCGUUGCCACGUUAGCUCGUUGAUCUUUUAAUUUGCGUAAAAAUGGCGUUCUGUAAGACACGAUUGCAAGCGGCUCGUCGGAUCUGGAACCGCACGCAGCCGAGGUGUUGACCAACACAAUCACAAACUGCGAAGUCUCGCCCUCCGGGGUGUUUUUAAUGGAAGAGUUUAAUUAAUAAAUAAAUAAAUAAACAAACCUGUUCUUUUCUGCCACAUGAUCCUCUGUUGUGUUUGUGUCCUCUUCAUGGAUGAGGAUUAAAAUCGGGUCGGUCGCUGAAAGAAUAUAAAUCCUGCCGACGUUAAAAAAAGACGGAAGUGCAGAACCGAACAACUGAGAAACUUUUAGUGUAAAAUCACUGUUCUUUCUUUUUCUUUUCUUUUCCAGAACAAACGCCGAGAGACGAGACGAAUGCGUCGUCUUCUCUCUCGUACUGAAUUUUAGUUCGAGUCUUUAAUAAAACGAGGUAUUGAAUCCUUUAACGGAUCGGGUGAAUGUUUGUGUUAAAGCUCUAACAAACACAUCAUUGUAAUUGGAUAAUAAACUGAAUUUUGAUUUAA